CCGGGGGCCGGCGGCCGGCGCAGCACCCCGCGCUGCUUCUGCUGCUGCUGCUGCGAUUGCAGCCGCCGCCGCCGCCGCUCGCCCUGCCUCCUCCUCUGCCGCCGCGCCUCCUCCCUCACUAGCCAGCGCGCUCGCCUCCUCGCUAGAUGGUGUGCGAGCCGCCCGAGAAUUAGACACACUCCGGACGCGGCCAAAAGCAACCGAGAGGAGGUGUAGUGUGGUGCCAGGGGGAGGGAGGGGAGGGAGGGAGGGAAAGCGAAGAGGAGGAGGAGGGGAGACAAAAACACCGAAAAACAAAAAGAGAGAAACAACACCCAACAACUAGGAGGGGGGGAAGAAAGAAAGAAAAGAAACCCACCCACCCACCAGAAAAAAAAAAAAAAAAUCCUGUGGCGCGCCGCCUGGUUCCCGGGAAGACUCGCCAGCACCAGGGGGUGGGGGAGUGCGAGCUGAAAGCUGCUGGAGAGUGAGCAGCCCUAGCAGGGAUGGACAUGAUGCUGUUGGUGCAGGGUGCUUGUUGCUCGAACCAGUGGCUGGCGGCGGUGCUCCUCAGCCUGUGCUGCCUGCUACCCUCCUGCCUCCCGGCUGGACAGAGUGUGGACUUCCCCUGGGCCGCCGUGGACAACAUGAUGGUCAGAAAAGGGGACACGGCGGUGCUUAGGUGUUAUUUGGAAGAUGGAGCUUCAAAGGGUGCCUGGCUGAACCGGUCAAGUAUUAUUUUUGCGGGAGGUGAUAAGUGGUCCGUGGAUCCUCGAGUUUCAAUUUCAACAUUGAAUAAAAGGGACUACAGCCUCCAGAUACAGAAUGUAGAUGUGACAGAUGAUGGCCCAUACACGUGUUCUGUUCAAACUCAACAUACACCCAGAACAAUGCAGGUGCAUCUAACUGUGCAAGGGACAUGGAUGAAUCUGGAAACCAUCAUUCUCAGCAAACUGACACAAGAACAGAAAACCAAACACUGUAUGUUUACACUCAUAGUUCCUCCUAAGAUAUAUGACAUCUCAAAUGAUAUGACCAUCAACGAAGGAACCAACGUCACACUUACUUGUUUGGCCACUGGGAAACCAGAGCCUUCCAUUUCUUGGCGACACAUCUCCCCAUCAGCAAAACCAUUUGAAAAUGGACAGUAUUUGGACAUUUAUGGAAUUACAAGGGACCAGGCUGGGGAAUAUGAAUGCAGUGCGGAAAAUGAUGUGUCGUUCCCAGAUGUGAAGAAAGUGAAAGUCGUUGUCAACUUUGCUCCUACUAUUCAGGAAAUUAAAUCUGGCACCGUGACCCCCGGACGCAGUGGCUUGAUAAGAUGUGAAGGUGCAGGUGUGCCACCCCCGGCCUUUGAAUGGUACAAAGGAGAGAAGAAGCUCUUCAAUGGCCAACAAGGAAUUAUUAUUCAAAAUUUUAGCACAAGAUCCAUUCUCACUGUUACCAAUGUGACACAGGAGCACUUCGGCAACUAUACUUGUGUGGCUGCCAACAAGCUAGGCACGACCAAUGCGAGCCUGCCUCUUAACCCUCCAAGUACAGCCCAGUAUGGAAUUACCGGGAGCGCUGAUGUUCUUUUCUCCUGCUGGUACCUUGUGUUGACACUGUCCUCUUUCACCAGCAUAUUCUACCUGAAGAAUGCCAUUCUACAAUAAAUUUAAAGACCCAUAAAAGGCUUUUAAGGAUUCUCUGAAAGUGCUGAUGGCUGGAUCCAAUCUGGUACAGUUUGUUAAAAGCAGCGUGGGAUAUAAUCAGCAGUGCUUACAUGGGGAUGAUCGCCUUCUGUAGAAUUGCUCAUUAUGUAAAUACUUUAAUUCUACUCUUUUUUGAUUAGCUACAUUACCUUGUGAAGCAGUACACAUUGUCCUUUUUUUAAGACGUGAAAGCUCUGAAAUUACUUUUAGAGGAUAUUAAUUGUGAUUUCAUGUUUGUAAUCUACAACUUUUCAAAAGCAUUCAGUCAUGGUCUGCUAGGUUGCAGGCUGUAGUUUACAAAAAUGAAUAUUGCAGUGAAUAUGUGAUUCUUUAAGGCUGCAAUACAAGCAUUCAGUUCCCUGUUUCAAUAAGAGUCAAUCCACAUUUACAAAGAUGCAUUUUUUUCUUUUUUGAUAAAAAAGCAAAUAAUAUUGCCUUCAGACUUUUUCUUCAAAAUAUAACACAUAUCUAGAUUUUUCUGCUCGCAUGAUAUUCAGGUUUCAGGAAUGAGCCUUGUAAUAUAACUGGCUGUGCAGCUCGGCUUCUCUUUCCUGUAAGUUCAGCAUGGGUGUGCCUUCAUCAAAUAAUAUUUUCCUCUUUGUCUCCAACUAAUAUAAAAUGUUUUGCUAAAUCUUACAAACUGAAAGCAAAAAUAAACCAGAAUGAUAAAGUUAAACCAUAUACUAUCUCUAAGUAAUGAAGGAGCUAUUGGACUGUAAAAAUCUUUUCCUGAACUGACAGUGGGGUUUGAGAAUUUUGUCCCAUGCUAACUCAGUUCUUGUGAUGAGAAACAAUUUAAUAACAGUAUAGAAAAUAUACCAUAUGGUUUCUUUAGUUGUAGCUAAAUGUUGGACCCACUGUGGAAAAUCAUUUCCUUUAAAAUGACAGCACAGUCCACUCAAGGGAUUGCCUAGCAAUACAGCAUCUUUUCCUUUCACUAUUGCAAGCCCAAAAUUUUAAGAUGAUUUGUCAGAAAGGGCACAAAGUCCUAUCAGCUAAUAUUACAUGAGUUGGUAAGUGCUCAUCAAUAAUUUUGUUUUGUGGCCGGUAAGUUAGUAUGACAGAGGCAGUGCUCCUGUGGACAGGAGCAUUUUGCAUAUUUUCCACCUGAAAAUAACACUCAAUUGAUAGUCUAGAAUGCAUGUUAUAUGUUUUAAAAGUUCCAAAAUAUGUUAUAACAAACAUUCUAUAUUGGUAUAUAGCAGACCAAUCUCUAAAAUUAGCUAAUUCUUCAAUAAAAUCUUUCUAUAUGGCCAUUUCAGCUCAAACGAGUAAAACCAAAAGGAGACCAUCCUUUAUUUUUUCUUACAUGAUAUAUGUGAGAUGUGAUCAAAUGAAGACAAGACACCUGUGAUAAGAUUAUCUUAGGAUAUACUAAUUAUCAAAUUAUUGUGAAUGUUAAUUAUUUCUACCAUAAAGAAUGAAAACUACAUUUUGGAAGGAAAAUGCUGUUACUGUAGGUAAUACAUUACAGGAAUAGUUUGAUGGUUUCACUCUUUACUAAAGAAAGACCAUCAUUUUGAAAGCCAUUUUACAGGUUUGAUGAGGUUACCAAUUUCACUACAUCUAGAUUUCUACAAAUAGUCCCCUUGUACAAGUCAUAACACAAAGAUCCUACAAUAAAAUUAGAUAUAAUAAAUUUUGUGGUGCUUAUACAUAUUUGAGAUAUCUAGUCAGUUGCCCUGGAGGGAUGGCUUAAAACCUGUGAUUUAUUUUAUCUUCAAGUAAAACUUAGUCCCAAAAUAUACCAUAAAUCAAUUUUAAUUAGAAAAAUGAAUCUUAAAUGAACGGACAUAAGUAUACACUCUUUCCAUAAAAUGGCAAUAAUAAGGCAUAAAGCUAUUAAAUCUACUAACUGUAAUAAAUGGCUGACAUUAUUUUGAUAUAUUAAAAAGAGUUUUUAGAACAAAUAUGGCACUUAAUUUUAUUAUUUAUUUGCUCUUAAAAAUAUUUUUUGUGGAAUUGGAGAAUAAACUACAAAAUAUUAUUUUGUAUUGCAGCUUUAAAGUGGCACACUCCAUAAUAAUCUACUUCCUAGAAAUAGUGGUGCUACCACAAAAGUGUUAACCAUCAGUACCAUUGUUUGGGAGAAAGAAACAGAUCAAGAAUGCAUAUUAUUCAGUGACCGCUUUCCUAGAGUUAAAAUACCUCCUCUUUGUAAGGUUUGUAGGUAAAUUGAGGUUAAACUAUGGAUGAACCAAAUAAUUAGUUCAAAGUGUUGUCAUGAUUCCGAAUUUGUGGAGUCUGGUGUUUUUACCAUAGAAUGUGACAGAAGUACGGUCAUAGCUCAGUAGCUAUAUGUAUUUGCCUUUAUGUUAGAAGAGACUUUCUUGAGUGACAUUUUUAAAUAGAGGAGGUAUUCACUAUGUUUUUCUGUAUCACAGCAGCAUUCCUAGUCCUUAGGCCCCGGACAGAGUGAAACCAUGAGUAUUUAUGAGUUCAAUAUUGUCAAAUAAGGCUACAGUAUUUGCUUUUUUGUGUGAAUGUAUUGCAUAUAAUGUUCAAGUAGAUGAUUUUACAUUUAUGGACAUAUAAAAUGUCUGAUUACUCCAUUUUAUCAGUCCUGACUGUACAAGAUUGUUGCAAUUUCAGAAUAGCAAUUUUAUAAAUUGAUUUAUCUUUUACUCUAUAAUAAUUUUUGUUAGCUAUUCAUUUCAGGAUUAUAUUUUCUACAGGUUCCAUUUGUGGGACUCCUUUUGUUUUCCCUAAUUUUUUUUUUAAAGAAGAAGGAAAGAAAAAUAAGUAGCAGCUGAAAAAUGAAAAUGGAGAGAGAAAAAGAAUGAAAAGGAAAGGAAAUAAAGACAGAAAAAAGGAAGGAUGGAAGGAGUGAAGGAAGGAAGGGAGGAAGGGGAGAAGGAAGAGAAAGGAUGAGAGGGAAGGUAGAAUCAGAAUAUUAGGGUAGUUAACUUACACAUUUGCAUUCUUAGUUUAACUGCAAGUGGUGUAAUUAUGUUUUACAAUGAUCUCAUUUGAAACGUAAGUCCUAUUACACCAUUAAAUUCCUAUUAUGCGGCAAUUAUAUCAUAAAAAGUACUGCCCAAGUUAUAGUAAUAUGGGUGUUUUUGAGACACCAAAGAUUUGAGAGAGAGAAUUUUAAACUUAAAGCCACUUUUGGGGGGUUUAUAACUUAACUGAAAAAUUAAUGCUUCAUCAUAACAUUUAAGCUAUAUCUAGAAAGUAGACUGGAGAACUGAGAAAAUUACCCAGAUAAUUCAGGGCAAAUAAUAUAUAUAUAUAUACAAAUACCCCUAUGUUUAAAGUCAGAAAACUCUGAAAAACGGAAUUAUCAAUCAUCUAUAAUGACCAAAUUUACUGAAAAAUUGUUAAUUUAUCCAUUGUGCUUAGCUUUGUAACACAGCCAAAAGUUACCUAUUUAAUCUUUUCAAUAAAAAUUGUUUUUUGAAAUCCAGAAAUGAUUAAAAAAGAGGUCAGGUUUUUAACUAUUUAUUGAAGUAUGUGGAUGUACAGUAUUUCAAUAGAUAUGAAUAUGAAUAAAUGGUAUGCCUUAAGAUUCUUUGAAUAUGUAUUUACUUUAAAGACUGGAAAAGACUCUUCCUGUCUUUUAGUAAAACAUCCAUAUUUCAUAACCUGAUGUAAAAUAUGUUGUACUGUUUCCAAUAGGUGAAUAUAAACUCGGUUUAUCAAUUAAAA